AUGAGCGCAGACUCGGACGCCGGCGAGAACGGCAACGCGCUCCCGCACGAAAACACCGGCCCGAAGCUGGUCGCCUGCCUCUGGGCGCUGACCGGUACGGCCACCGUACUGCUGUCGCUGCGCAUCUACUGUCGCUUGCUGAAGGGCCAGCGGCUGUGGUGGGAUGACGCGGUGCUCAUCGCAUCUUGGGUCUGCGUCCUGGUCGAUGCAGGACUGAUGACGUACAACGCCCACAUGGGAUACGGGCUGCACACGUGGGACUUUGACUCCCGCAACCUGCAGGCGCUGGUGCUGUCGUUAGACGUGUCGGGCACCUUCUCCAUCACGGCGGCGGUCUGGAGCAAGACGUCGUUCGGCAUCACGCUGCUGAGGAUCAUGGACGGUUGGGCCAAGAAGUUCACCUGGUUCUGCCUCAUCUCGAUGAACAUCGCCAUGGGCCUGACGGCGCUCUUCACCUGGGUAAACUGCACCCCCGUGCGCAAGACGUGGGACCUGUCGGUGCAGGACGGCUCGUGCUGGCCCGGCGAGGUGCUCCUCCACUAUAACAUGUUCUCGGCGGCCUACUCGGCAUUUUUGGACAUCGUCUUCGCCGGCCUGCCCUGGAAGUUCCUCUGGGGCCUGCAGAUGAGGCGCGGAGAGAAGCUUGGCGUGGGUCUGGCUAUGAGUCUGGGCGUGUUCGCGGGCAUCGCGGGCUUCGUCAAGGCCGCCCUGCUCCCGAGGAUGCUGUCGACCGAUUUUGCCGACGGCGUCGACCUCGUCAUCUGGGGCAACGCCGAGUCGUGCCUGUCGAUCGUGGCGGCCAGCAUCCCGAUGCUGCGCGUUUUUGUGCGCGACGUCAAGUCGUCCCGGCAGUAUCGCAGCGGGUACGCCGAGCAGACGGGCACGGCGGGCAACUACAGCCGGUUCGUCACCAUCACGAGCCAGGCGGGCCCGCCGGCCAGCGACGUCGAGCUUGACAAGAUGGGCGACGAAGGCAGCGACCGCAGCAUCCUGGGCACCAAUGCCGACCCGGGGCGCGCUAAGAACGGCAUUGUGCAGGUGACAGACAUUACCGUCAAGUACGAUGAUAACAGGCCCGGGAGGAGUGGAUGA